CCUUAAAGGUUUUCCUUGAAAAUGAGACUAAACAAUAAGGAGUAUGGAAGAAGCAAGGGGUUAGACGUUAGUGCACCGGAAAAGUGAAAACGACGGAGUCUCGAAGUGGUGGACAAUGCUUCUUCCGCUACUUCUGCUCUUGUCUCUUACAGCCGCUGCAGAUCAAUCCACCGACCGCGCUGCCUUGCUGGCAUUCCGCUCCGCCGUGGGCGGGCGGCGCACUGUCGUAUGGAACACUACAGACGCCGCCCUUCACUGCAACUGGCCCGGAGUUCAAUGCGAAAAUGGCCGAGUCACCGUUCUCCGCCUCCCGGGGUUUUCUCUCACCGGCUCCAUCCCGCCUCACACGCUCUCCAACCUCACACGCCUACGUGCACUCAGCCUCCGUCUCAACCACCUUUCCGGUCCGCUACCGGCGGACCUCUCCCAAUGUGUCGAGCUCCAGAACCUUUAUCUCCAAGGAAACCAUAUCUCAGGUUCCUUUCCCGAUUCCUUUUUCGACCUUCACUCCCUGGUCCGCGUCAAUCUCGCUAACAACAACUUUUCCGGUAGCAUUCCUUCGCGGUUCGACAAUUUGACCCGUUUGCGGACCCUUUUUCUGGAAAACAACCACUUCUCAGGCUCCUUACCGGAGCUAACUAACCUUAAACUCCGAGAGUUCAAUGUUUCGUUUAACUACUUAAACGGGUCUAUCCCAAAGAGUCUAGAAUCAUUCCCCCCGGAGGGUUUUACCGGAAAUUCACUCUGCGGGAACCCUCUCGCUCUUUGUCCGGGUGGAAAAACUUCACCGGCCAUAGCAACCGGCUGGAUAACACUUGGCAAUUCUAAGAAACUAUCCGGUGGAGCAAUUGCAGGGAUUGUGAUCGGAUCUUCAGUCGGAUCUCUACUUGUUUGCAUAAUCCUCUUCGUCCUGUGCAGAAAGAGAGCACGAUCAGUAGAUGGUUCUGCCAUAAAGCAUCCUGAAACUGGAGAGAAAGAAAGGGAAAAUGCAUACUCAGUGGCUCCUGCAGAAAUGGAAGGGCAUGGAAAAGGAGGAGAGAGUAGUAUGGGUGGAGGUGAGACCAGGGUUAAGAAGCUAGUUUUCUUCAAGGGUGCUUCAAGUGUGUUUGAUUUGGAGGAUCUUCUGAGAGCUUCUGCUGAGGUUUUGGGAAAGGGAUCGUUUGGGACAGCGUAUAAGGCGGUUCUUGAGAUGGGGACUAUUGUGGCGGUGAAGAGGCUGAAGGAUGUGAUGAUACCUGAGGGAGAAUUCAGGGAGAAAAUAAGGGUGGUUGGUGACAUGAACCACCAGCAUUUGGUGCCUCUGAAGGCUUAUUACUAUAGCCGAGAAGAAAAGCUACUUGUUUAUGAUUAUAUGCCCAUGGGAAGCUUGUCUGCAUUGCUUCAUGAGAACUGACUGAGUAGUUCAUGGACAAAAUCUGGAAAGAACACAAACAUCAAAGUAGACAUGUCAUCAAAUGAAAUUGAAACGCAAGGACUGUGGAAUCAACUAUAUACUUGAGGACUAAAUAUAUGGCAAGGGUGCAGGCCGGACACCACUGAAUUGGGAAAUGAGAUUGGGCAUUGCCCUUGGUGCUGCCCGAGGCAUAGAAUACUUGCACACCCAAGGCCCCGAAGUCUCUCACGGUAACAUAAAGUCAUCAAACGUCCUCCUAACCAAAUCAUAUGAACCGAAAAUAUCAGAUUUUGGCAUAUCCGAUGUUGUUGGACCAUCAUCAUCCUUUCCGGUACGAGCUGCCGGUUAUCAGGCACCCGAAGUGACUGACCCAAGAAGGGUCUCUCAAAAGGCUGAUGUAUAUAGCUUUGGGAUAUUGCUUCUUGAGCUUCUAACGGGCAAAGCUCCAAAAAACACUCUCUUGAAUGAAGAAGAGGAAGGGGUUGACCUACCAAGAUGGGUUCAGUCAGUGGAUAAGGACUUCUUGAAGGAGUGGACGUCUGAAGUUUUUGAUGUUGAACUUCUUAGGUCACAGAAUGUUGAGGAGAAGGACAUGGUGGGGCUGUUGCAACUCGGCAUUGAUUGUGCGGGUCAACACCCCAAGAAUAGACCGUCAGUGACAGAGGUUGUGAUCCGGAUUGGAGAGAUUUGUGGUUCAAGCUUGACAAAUAGAAAACAGUCUGAAGUUGUCAUUGAAACUGAGUAAUGGUAUCUCCCACCCCAUUCAGUGUCACUCUUGUAUGAGUGACAGGAACUCGCAACCAACAAAUUGCUCAAAUGACAAGAAGUUAUUAUUCUUGACUUUAUCAUCCAUUAGAAUUAACAGUCAACCCCCCUCUCCCUCCAAUUCCUAUUUUUUUUUUGUCUCUCUCCCUCUGUGAGUGUGUUUUGUGAUUCUUGAUUGUAUGAUUCUAUCAUUUUCUGUUGAUUUUUUUCAGGUGGUGGGGAUAGUUGGG